CAUUUUGUACCGCAGAUUCAUUCUACAGGAUCCGUUAAGAGCAGUUUCCAUCAUUCGAUUGGGGUUUAAAACCAUUGUUCCGUACCAAACCGUAAAUCCUCAGAACCCGGUUCCCGUCAGUUUGUACGGUUCUGCCCUCUCCAGCAGCAUUAGCUCGGUGUUUUGAGGUGAAAUUAGAGGACUAAUGUCGUCGGGAAGCCCUGAAUACUCACCGUUCUUCGCAGUGAUGGGCGCAUCAGCAGCGAUGGUCUUCAGCGCGUUGGGCGCGGCGUAUGGCACGGCGAAGAGCGGCACGGGUAUCGCUGCCAUGUCCGUGAUGCGUCCGGAGCUGAUCAUGAAGUCCAUCAUUCCUGUGGUCAUGGCAGGAAUCAUCGCUAUAUACGGGCUGGUGGUGGCCGUCCUCAUCGCCAACAGCAUCUCAGACAAGAUCACGCUGUACAAGAGUUUCUUGCAUCUAGGUGCAGGUCUGAGCGUGGGUCUGAGUGGGCUGGCGGCUGGGUUCGCCAUCGGCAUCGUGGGAGACGCAGGCGUCCGUGGCACCGCCCAGCAGCCGCGCCUCUUCGUGGGCAUGAUCCUCAUUCUGAUCUUCGCGGAAGUUCUGGGUCUCUACGGCCUCAUCGUAGCCCUGAUUCUCUCAACCAAAUAAACUGGCAGUCAGCAUGUGGCGCUGCCGGACCGCAAGACGGGGCAUGUGGAACAAAAAAAGUGGGAAGGGGGGAAAAAAAUAAAGGUACCUUAAACUUAAAUGAAAUUAGAUGAAUUGAGAGGUGGGGAAAUAAUCCUACACAUUAUAACAGGCUCUGCGUUUGGUUUUAUCUCAGAAAGUGUACAGUCGUCCCAGUUUGAUGCGGUAAUUAGUGAUUUCGUCCUGUGUCUGUGAAGAAAAAAAAAAAUAAUAAUGCUGUAAUAGAUCUCAUUCUCUGUUUGUUUCCACACCUCUCCUGCCUAUCGAUCUGUUAGCCAAUCACGCGUUCUCUUUCGCUCCCUUCAUGUUAGAGACGGAAACGCAGAAACUCUGGUUCCUGUCUCUUCCUGUCACAUGAUUUGGGAGUUUUAUACAUUUCCACAUUGGUGUCAAAGAAGUGUUUGUGAAGUGGAAAAACGCACUGGCGAAUCUGUAUGUGGAAUGGAGUAGUUUUUGUUAACGUCCUUUUUUGUUUUCCACUGAUUUUAUUUAUUAAGAAUAUUGUUCAUGAAAAUGUACUUGAAGCUCCUCAGAUCCUUUGAAUUGAUAUUUAUAUAAACAUAAAUAUAUAUAUAAAUACAGAUCUAUAUAUAUAAGAAUAGAGCUGCACUGGCCGGGGUGCAGUUGUCUGGGAGUAUUUCAGCUCGACGUGUGUAUUUCUGGUUGUUUCCUGUGUGUAUCUGAUGUUUGGUUGUAUUAAAGGUGUGCGUGUGCCCCUCGACGGGUCUCACAAGUGUAAUUUCCACA